GGCGUUAUUGGUUCUCUUAGUGGUUUAGUGGUAAUGUGCUGCUUGCAUCGGUCGGUUGUUUUCAACUUUGUCUACUCGCGUGCCUCGUCGUCUGUCUGUCUGUCUAUCUGUCGGUGUGUGUGUUGUGCGUGUUUUGUGUUAAAACAAAACGAAGUUAAACACUUCGCAAGAGGUGUGAAUAGAAAAGCUAUGGCAAAUUGAUUUCAUUCAUGAAAAAAAUAUACCCAGAAAAACAUACGGUUACGGGGUUUUAACGUUGUUUUGUAUUGUCCUCGCACUGCUGCCUUCACGACGUUGGCAGCGACGAAUUGGCAGCCAACAAAAUAAACAACAAGCAAACUCAAAAUUUUUUAAAUUCUGUCGGGUUUAAACUAAGAGUUGGCCAAUAGCGAGAAAGUAGUUGUAUAUCGGUUUUUUUAAGUUUCAAGUUCCAUAAAUCUGUGCAAUAUUUGGUAGCCGUGUGUCCGGAAAAAGCCAUCUCGUUUUGACGUUUUGUCUUGUCUCUAUUCCCCUUACUACAUCAAAGCCGCCCAUUUCAACGCUUAAGAAUAAAUCAGCAACAUUGUACUUAAUUUACACCACUCGAGGAGGCAAUAAACCAACUACUUAUACUAGUUUCUAGUUAAAAGAAGAAAAAGAAAAAUCCCAUAAUAAUAGUUUAUAAAACAACAAAAAAAGGCAAAAAAAAAACAUUACAAAUGUUUGCGUGAUAAAGAAAAUGAAAGAAGAAAACAUUCUCAAGAUAUAAUCAAAAUAAAUAAACACCCAACUUUUUUGGCCCUCCCAUAAGUAAAAAAAAAACAAAAAAUCGGAAACAAAAAACACAAAAUUAUUACAAAAAAAUCGGCAAACAUUUUGGAGAAGCUAACUCUUCUCUAUUGAGUUUGGUUUUUUUUUCUUUAAUUAUGUACCCCGAACUUAGCCAUAGAAAUUCCAAUGAAAUUUUCUAUAAAAGUUGCACAACGAAAGGCACCGGCAAGGGUUUUGGACAACAACACGAAAUACCCCCAGAGACGACCACACCAAAAUCCCAAAAUACCCCCACAACAAAAAAUAUGGCUGUUAAUCGAACAUUGAUGGAGACAUUGAUGGCUUUGCGCGAUAUGAAAGAUGAGACGUUGGAUAAAAAGAAAACGCCAUCAUUGGAACAGGAAAUGAAUUUGGCACGCAGAGCAUGUUGGUGCAGCCACAAGAGGAUGAGGAUGCAAACAGAAGAAAAUGAAUGCUGUGAGAAUUGCUUUAAAUUUAAACGACAAGUUGAUGAAGAAGAACAGGAUGGAAAUGCCAAGGGUGGGGAGUCACAACCACAACAAAAAGAUACAACAAAAACAACGGUUUUGAAUGGUGCUAAAUUUAGUAAAAAUUUUAAUACUAACAAAAUUCCUACAACUAAUGCUAAUGCUAAUGAUAAUGAUAACGAUAAUGUUAAUGAUAAUGCUAUGAAUAGUAAAUUAGAAAUGUCUAGUAAAACUACCGCCUCAAUAGCUACAACUAACGCAGCCACAAAUCCAACUACAAAUAGUUUAAGUCAAAGAAGAAACCAGAAAACUAUUCUUAAGCAGCACAAUAAUUCCCACAAGGACAAUGAGUGCCAGCAGGAGAAUGUCUGUCUGAGCUCUCCAACUGCUCCUUCUCAUUCCUUAGUGUCUGAUGAUAGUGUAAAUACCAAUAAUAGCAACAACAGCAAUUUAUCCCAUAAUAGUUGUAGUGUGGACUGCAUUGUGAUGAGCUCAAAUGUUAUGGCCAGCAUGCGACUGUUGCUCUUGCAAAUGUGGUUGGCCUUUGUGGCCUUUUGUGAACGGAAUACCAUAAAACGCAAUGAUGCACGUUUUGAAGUGUAUCGUCAGCAGCAGCAGCAGCAACAGCAACAAGAAUCAACGCAACAAUCUACAAAAUCCACCUCCUCGCCUCCCACUUCUAAUGCUUCCAAAACAUCUGCAGCGUCCAAAUCCACACCAUCGUCGACAGAUGCCAAGCAAUCGGGUCAAUUCAAGUUUAAACUUUUGACUAGUAAAAAAGUGAUAUUUUUAUUAUUGGUAUGUUUCUUCUUUUCGUGCAUACAACGCAUCGAUGCCCGUCCCAAUGCCGAUGGCAAUUCUGUGGCAGAUGCUGCGGCUGGCUCUGUAAGCUCUUCAAUGGAUGGUGGAGCUUCAUCGAAAUCAAAUGUUGGUGGUUCGGACAAUAGCUUUACUGUAACACCCGGAAAGGUCAAUUCUUUGCCAGCGGACCACUCUUCAGCAACGGAAAACAACAACAAUAAUGCCAUUAAACAACAAAAAUAUAUUGGGACAGACCAAGCAGCCGAAGGUGAUAUGAAAUUAAAUGGCGGUGAUUCCAAUACACAUGGGGCAACAACGCAUGAUGGCGACGACGACGAUGGUGGUCAUGAUGGUGGUGGCCACGAUCGUUAUCCCUUGGCUCAAGUGGAAUUUGAUAGAGUGAAAACGCCAUUCAUUAUUGGUGUAUGGAUAUUAUCGGCUAGUAUAGCGAAAAUUGGUUUCCAUAUGACACCCAAACUCCAUCUGAUAUUUCCCGAAUCCUGCCUAUUGAUUGUGGUGGGUGUGGUCAUUGGUGUUGUACUGUAUUUUUGUACAGAUGUCGCUGUAUCACCGCUAACACCCAAUACCUUCUUCUUCUACAUGUUGCCACCGAUUAUCUUGGAUGCGGGCUAUUUUAUGCCCAAUCGUUUGUUCUUUGACAACUUGGGUACAAUUCUACUAAUGGCAGUGGUGGGAACAAUUUUCAAUAUUGCAACAAUUGGAACCUCUUUGUGGGCCUGUGGCUUAAGUGGAAUUUUUGGCCCCCAAGAAGAUACGCCUCAGAUUUUGGAGUUUUUCAUUUUCGCUUCCUUAAUAUCGGCUGUUGAUCCUGUCGCUGUGCUGGCUGUCUUUGAAGAAAUCCACGUCAAUGAAAUUCUUUAUAUUGUGGUCUUUGGAGAAUCUCUACUCAACGAUGCUGUUACGGUGGUAAUGUAUCACAUGAUGGAAGUCUAUAAUCACAUUGGCAUUUCGGAAAUCAUUGCCCAAGAUGUUGUUAAUGGUGUGGGCUCAUUCUUUGUGGUGGCCAUUGGCGGUACUGUUAUCGGUAUAAUUUGGGGCUUCCUUACGGGUUUGGUGACCCGCUUCACAGAUCAUGUUCGUGUUAUUGAGCCCAUUUUCAUUUUCGUUAUGGCCUAUCUGGCUUAUCUAAAUGCCGAAAUAUUCCAUAUGAGUGGUAUAUUGGCCAUUACCUUCUGUGGCAUUACCAUGAAAAACUAUGUUGAAUCCAAUAUCUCCCAAAAAUCACAUACCACUGUAAAAUACGCUUUGAAAAUGUUAUCAAGUUCCUCUGAGACUAUCAUCUUCAUGUUCUUGGGUGUUGCUACCGUCAAUAACCAGCAUGUUUGGAAUACAUGGUUUGUGCUAUUGACCAUUGUCUUUUGUUCUGUUUUUAGAGUGAUAGGUGUCAUUAUACUUUCGGCUCUGGCAAAUCGUUUCCGUUUACAUAAAUUGUCACGUGUCGAUCAGUUUGUUAUGUCCUAUGGUGGUUUACGUGGUGCCGUUGCAUUUGCUCUUGUCUUAUUAAUCGAUGAACGUCUAGUGCCUCAAAAGAAUAUGUUUGUAACCACUACCAUUGCUGUGAUUUACUUUACCGUGUUCUUGCAAGGCAUCACAAUAAAACCAUUGGUGAAAAUUCUAAAUGUGAAACGAGCCAACAAGCGUAAGCCCACCAUGAAUGAGCGCAUACAUGAAAGGUUUAUGGAUCAUCUAAUGGCUGGCAUUGAGGAUAUUGUUGGAAAAACCGGAAACUACAAUGUGCGUGAUAAAUUCAAACGUUUCGACAAUCGUUUCAUUCGUCCUCUAUUGCUGAGAGAUCCUAAGGGCGCCGAACCCAAAAUCAUUGAAACCUAUUCCAAAUUAACCAUGCGUGAUGCCAUUGAAGUUAUGCGUCGAAAUCCUUCGACAAUUGGUCAAAUAACCGGCACCGAAUCAAUGAGUGCCUUAUUUAGAAAUUACACCAACAACUGCAUUGGUGGAAGGUGGGCACCACCAACUAUUUAUACAACCUGUCCUAGUCUAACCAAUUUGGAUAACACUUGCUCGCGCAACUUGGAUAUGCAUGAAUUGGAUUAUAAUCCAUCCAAAAAGGAUUUGACCGAUGCCAAGAUUCAUCAUUUGCUAGCCGAAGAAUUGAAACCUUAUAGAAGGCACCGUCGUCUUAGUUAUAGCCGUCACGCAGUAGAUGACAGAGAUUUGUCCACUCAGGUUAACUACAAAAUGCAAAUGAAUUUCCGUCGCAUGUUCAAUGAUCGUAAACAUCACAAACGCAGUAAACGCGGUGCUAAUAAGGAUGGCGUUAAACAAAAUCAUGUAUCAUUCCACGAUUUCCAACAGAAUGGAACAACGAAACAAUUCUCGCACGCCGAGGAGAAUCCCAACAACAAACUCACCGAGGUCACUGUGGUGGGCGAAAGCGAUGACUGGGAGGAUGGUCUAACCUUCACCGCCAAAUCAUCACCGGAUUCUGAUCGUGCCAAUAACAAUUCACUAAUUGCUCACAUACAAAAUCUACCCGGGUUCGAUGCUUCCAAAGCUCGCAUUGUACAACACUAUGCUACACCAUCCUCACAUGAGCGGAGCGGCAGUGAGAGUCCCGAGAAGUUACUUUCACCCGAUCCCCCGAUUGGCCCCACAGCGGCCGAAUUGAUACUGCCCUGGCGCAGGGAUCGUUCCUAUCAGAGCAUUGCAGAGCAUGCCAUACCCGAGGAGGAUCGUAAUGUGUCACGUGACUCUGAUGGCGAGAGACGUGUGGCCACUCCCACUGCCACUGAGUCACAAUUGCCUUGGAAACGCCAAGGAGAUGAAAUUUCAGAUGCUGUGCAACAAAAUGAAUUCCCUGCCUGGGCUUCGAACAAGGAAUAUUUGGCAUAUAAUUCACCAAGUGCUACAUUCUUAGGUGGUAUAAACAAACCUAAACAGCCCAAGUCCGUCAUAGGUCUGUUCCGUCGUGAAAGUUCCGGUUCCAGAGGUGGUGCAGGCGGCAGCAUUAUGACUGUGGAUGGCACUGAUGGUACCUCGGCUCGGGGCUCUGAUCCUGCCUUGGCUGCUGCCCUCAGCCAAAUGGUGGUUGUGCCUUCAAUGCCCUAUAAUCCACGUUUGGACAAGCGCUCGCAAUCGAUUUCAUCGGGCUCAGGCUCAGCGGGCAUUGGUGAUUCGGGUCAUGCAGGACCCUUCCCUGUUACCGCCAGCCAUCGUCGUAAUGUGCGUCGUGGUUCUAUGCUAGAAUUAAGCGGAGACAUUAUCCCCGAGGAAUCUUAUCACCAUGGAUACUCCAAAUCCUUAUGCGAACCGCAAGGUGAAGAAUGGGAUGCCAUGUUAGCCGAAGCGGAGCGCACCAAGCACUCCAGUGCGAAUAGUGACAAGUUUUUGCGCAGUGGCCGAGAACCCCUGCUGCCCAAAUUGACACCCCGCGCCCAAAUAAGGCGUGGCAUGGGCGCCAGUGCAGCAGCCGCAGCAUCUGCGGCAACUACCGCCUCCAACAGUUCAGGCCUAAGUGGUGGUAGCAACAAAAAGAGCCAAGUCACCACCGCCCUACUAUCCACCUCCAAUUCCGAUUACGAUGACGACAAUGAUGAGGACUUUGAUUUGUACGAUGAUGAGAACAUUGUGGUGACCACCACAAUAUCCAAUGCCGAUGGUCGUCCCCGCAGUGCAAGUGAUGGUGAAGGUAGUGCGGCCACCACUUCGACCACGACCAUUCGUCUGACGCGCAACAAUGAUGAAAGUAUUAUUUGAGUAAAGCAACAUGAGCAUGAGGACGAAGGGGGAGAAUUGCAGAUCAACGAUGAAGACCAUGCAUCGGGGGAUGACGAUGAUGAAUGUGUUCCAACCAUAGAGGCAAAUGAAAGCCGCUAUAACGAUUAUGACUAUGAUUACGACGAAGAUGAUGAGGACAAUGUGGAGAGGCAGGAGCAACAACAUUUGCUAAUGGGUUCCAGAAAAUCAAGAAAUUUCUUUAAGUACGAAAUGUUUUAUUAAGGCCUAUGUUCACAAGAAACCAGAGGGAGAGAGAGAGAAGAGAAAACAUUGUUUAAAAUGUAAACGUUAUAUGUAUGUAUAUAAGAGUGGUCCAACCUUAUCCAGUAUAUUGUUUUUUGUAAUGAAAUAGUUUAGGGAGAAAUUUUUUAGGAAAUGAACAAUGAUGGCCGAGUUUUGUAAUUGUACGGAAAGAUAAAGUAAUGCGGAUUCCCUAACCCCCCCAAAAUGUGACACAAUAUAUAUAUGAAACGGGGAGUUUUGUAACGAAAUAGGAUUUCCCUUUUUUCAUUAUACUACCCCAUACCAAAAGAUCACAUUUUUAAAGUAUUUGUUAGAAAUAUUAAACUUGUAACGAAUAUUGUGGACUUGUAGCCAAUUAAUGCAAUGAACCUUCGUAACUCGCAACAGACAUAAUACCCAAAACUUUUACCUACCGAAUAUUAUUGGGUGAUAUGAUCACUUUCAAAUCGCUGUGGUUGUUACUGAGGAGCUCAUAACAUGCAAUAAAAAAGUUAAAGUUAUACCCACAUCAAACCAUCAUGGGCUUUACGUCCAUUGUAAGUUGUGAUCGAUUGCAUUUCUAUAGACUUUGUUAUAUUUUUUCAUCGAUCUUUUAAACCAAAAAUUAGUAUAAAAUUCUGGUAUAAAAAGGGUGCAAACCUUUCUAUUUUGCGUAAAAUUCCCACCAAAUAUAUAGGAAUCUUUGGAAACGAUCACAACACUAUGAUUUAAAAUAGUGGAGAUUUUCGCAAAUAUAUGGCAAACAUGUAAUUUCAUUAAAAUAUUUUAAAGAAAUUUUCAAAAGUAACGAGACUACUUUAAAUACAUUGCAGUGGAGACUACAUUAAAUUUAUUGGAGACUUUUUCAAAUGUAUUGGAGACUACUUCAAAUAUAAUGGAGAUCAUACCAAUUACAGUGGUGACCACUCCAAAACAAUAGAGUCCACUGCAAAGAUAGUGAAAACCAGUCUAAACAUUGUGGAGACCACUUUAAACACAGUGGAGACUAUCCAUAGCACAGUGGAAACCAUUGCAAAAACAGUAGAGACUAAUUCAAGCACAGCAGAGACCACUACAAACACAGUGGAGACUACUUCAAGCACAGUGGCGAACACUCUAAACAUAGUGGUUACCACUCCCAAAAGUUAAGACAAUUUUAAGUUAGUAGAGAAUACUCCCACUACAGUUAGUACCGCUCCAAACACAGUACUGUCGUGUCAAAACCAUUCCAUUGGACUGUAGAAUACUUCAAGCUCAGUGGAGACUAAUCCAAGCACAUUAAAAACACUUCAAACGUAGUGGUGAUCACUCCUAACAGUUAAUACAAAUUUAAAUUAGUGGAGACUACUUAAAAUGGAGUGGAUACUAGUUAAAAUGCAAUGGAUACUACUACAAGCACUAUGAAGACCACAGCGAACACAGUGGACACUAAUCCAAGAACAGUGAAAACCACUCCAACCAAAUUUGAUUACCACUCCUAUCAGUUAAUAUAACUUUAAAUUAGUGGAGACUUCAUAAAAUGCAGUGGAUACUACUUUAAAUGCAAUGGAUACUAGUUAAAAUGCAAUCUAUACUGCUACAAACACAGUGAAGACUACACCAAGCACAGUGAAAACCACUCCAAUCAAAGUGCUAAUCACUCCUAACAGUUAAUACAAUUUGAAAUAAGUGGAUACUACUUAAAAUGCGGUGAAUACUUCUUAAAAUCCAAUAGAUGCAGAGUGGAGACCACUGUUAACACAGAGGAGACCACUGACCACACAGUUGAGACCAUGCCAAACAUAGUUGUUACUAUUUCCAACAGCUCAGAUUUUUUAAUAACAUUAGAGAUCUUUGCAAACACUGCAGAUUCCUCUCAAAACACAAUGCUGAUCACUCCAAACCACUUCAAGACUACUUAAAAUGCAUUGGAGAUUACUCCAACUAUAGUGGAGACCAUUCUAAACACAGUACAAUGCGGACCACUUGCAACACAAUGGAGACCACUUAAAAGUGUGGAGACUACUCUUAACUUCAAAAAUUGGAGACCCCCCCCCAAAAAAAAAAAAAACGUGGGGGGGGUCUCCAAUGACCUCAAUAUCAUUUGAAGCAUAGUGGGGACCACUUUAAGUAUAGUAGAGAGGACUUUAAGCAUAGUGGAGACCACUUUAAGCAUAGUGGAUACCAUUUCAAGCGCAGUGGAGACGACUUUAAGCGUAGUGCAGACUACGUUAAGCACAGUGGAGACCACUUUAAGCAUAGUUGAGACCACUUUAAGCGCAGUGGAUACCGCUUUAAGAAUGCUGGAGACCACUUUAAACAUAGUGGAGACACUGUAAGCUUAGUGGAGAACCCUUUUAGCAUAGUGGAGACCAGGGAAGCAUAACCGAGAACACUUUUAGCAUAGUAGAUACCACUUUAAGCAUAGUGGAGACCACUGUAAGUAUAGUGGAGACCACUUUAAGCAUAGUGGAGACCACUUUAAGCAUAGUGGAGACCACUUUAAGAAUUCUGGAGACCACUGUAAACAUAGUGGAGACACUGUACGCAUAGUGGAGAACACUUUUAGCAUAGUAAAGUCCACUUUAGGCUGAGUGGAGACAAUUUUAAGCAUAGUGGAGACCACUUUAGGCAUAGUGGAUACCACUUUAAGCCCAGUAGAGAUCUCUCCAAACGCACUGGAAAUGAUUUUGAACCUCUCCAAGCAGACUGGAUACUAAUUCCAUUACAUUGGAAAUCACUCACAUUACCCUGACGACUUCGAACAUGGUGAAGCUCUUUUCAAACAGAGUGGAGAACACUUCAUUUACAGGGGAGAACACUCAAAAUACUUCAAUUGUGUUUUGAGUGUUCUCCUCCAAACAAAACACCAAAUCAAGUAAAGACUACUCCUAACACAAUGGUGACCAGUCUAUAAACUGUGGAGAUCUCUCGAAACACACUGGUGCCUCCUCUUAACAGAGUGGAAAUCUCUUCAGACACAUCGUGUACACAACUCAAUGAAAUUGCACCAAAUACAGUGGAAAUCUUUUAAAGCAUAGUAUAGUAUUUUUAAUUGACUCCCAUUCCAAAAACUCACUGAGGCGACUUCUCACAAUACUAUAGAUACAACUUCAGACAUCGUGUAUACCUCUCCCAAAGUUGUGGCGACUUCAAGUACAGCAAGACUUUGUCCAAUAUUAUACAAACUAAUGCAAUCAAGUGUUAAUACAUUGGAAACUCUUUGGAAAACUAUGGAGUCUAUUCCCAAUGUUGUGGAGAAUAGUCGCAUUACUAACAUUCCCUAUGUUAAUACAGUAUCUACCACAAAUACAAUGAAGACAUGUCUUUAUAGAAUGGUGUUAAGUAUUUAUACAGUGAAGACAAGUCUUAGCACUCCAAUUACCGUGGAGUGUAAUCCAAGUAAACCUGUUCAAAUGUAUUGGAGACUUUGUCUGGUAUUAUUCAAACUAAUUACUUUUUAUACUGCUUACACCAUUUCAAAUGCGGUGAAGUUUGUUUUAAGAAAAUGGAGAUCACAGCAAGUACAAUGGCAACUAGUCUGCCUGCUGUGAGACCUUUUGAAAUAUAGUUAACACUAGAAAGAUCAAGCUAUUUUUACAUAUUUUUGACUUAUUCGCCAAAAUGACUAAUAUGAUAUUUUGGUGUAAAACUUAAUAAAUUUAAAAUUUUUGUUUUAAAACCUACAAAAUUCAUAAAAAAAAUGUUUAUUAUAAAAAAACUUAAUAAAUUUUAAAUUCAAAAUAGCUCCAACUGGUCAUUUUGACCGGCGGUUUGGUCUUUCUAAUAUUAAAACACUGCAGAUAUUCAACAUCCAGACCAAGUACAGCUUCAACUACUAUAAAGACUUAGUCCAAUAUUGAGGAGACUAGUUUAAAUAUAUACAGGAAAUACAGAUUCUAAACAGUUCAUUCGAAGCACAGUUUAAUCCCGUUUAAUUGUUUCGGAGAGUUUUCCCAACAUUUUGGAGAGUAGACCAUUUCAAGUACAGUGGAGAUUAUUGAAAAUACAAUGGAGACAAUUCCUAAGACAGUAGAGACCCUCAAAAAACUGUGCACGUUAGUCAAACGGCAUUGGAAAUAUUGCGCAUAUCAUCUUGACUGCCGUGGAGUUUCUUUCAAAUCUAGUAAAGCUCACUCCAAAGAAAUUGGAAAUUGGAAUUGGUCUUUCUAGUGUCAAAACACUGCAAAUAUUCAACAUCCAGGACAAGUACAACUUCAACUACUAUAGAGAUUUAAUCUAAUAUUGAGAAGAAUCGUUUAAAUAUACUAGAAACUCUGCCGAUUCUGAAAAGUCCAUUCUAAGCACAGUUUUCCGUUUAAUAGUUUUGGAGAGUUUUCCCAACAUUUUGGAGACUAGUCUAUAUACCUUUGAAGCCCUACUAAUACUCAGUAGACCAUUUCAAGUACAGUGGAGAUCGUUUCCAACACAGUGGAGCUUACUGAAAAUACAGUGGAGACAACUCCUAAUGCAGUAGAGAUCCUGAAAAUACUAACCUGGAGGUUAGUCAAAAAACAGUUAAGACAUUGCAAAUACUGCACAUAUGACCUUGAUUGCAGUGGAGUUCGUUUCAAAUCUCGUGGAGCUCACUCCAAAGAAAUUGGAAUUGGUCUUUCUAGUGUUAAAACACUGCAGAUAUUCAACAUCCAGACCAAAUACAGCUUCAACUACCAAGGAGACUUAGUCCAAUAUUCAGGUUUACAUAUAGUGGAAACUCUGCAAAUUCUGAACAGUGCAUUUUAUGCACAAUUUAAUUCCGUUUAAUUGUUUUGGAGAGUUUUCCCAACAUUUUGGAUACUGGUAUAUAUAGAGAUUACUGAAAAUACAGUGGAUACAACUCCUAAUGCAGUAGAUAAACUUGAAAUACUGAGGAGGUUAGUCAAAAAACAGUUGAGACACUGCAAAUACUGCACAUAUGACCUUGAUUGCAGUGGAGUUCCUUUCAAAUCUCGUGGCGAUCAAUCCAAAGAAAUUGGAAUUAAUCUUUCUAGUGUUAAAACACGGCAGAUAUUCAACAACCAGACCAAGUACAGCUUCAACUACUAAGGAGACUUAGUCCAAUAUUGAAGAGUUUAGUUUAAAUAUGCUGGAAACUCUGCAGAUUCUGAACAGUCCUUUCUAAACACAGUUUAAUUCCGUUUAAUUGUUAUGGAGAGUUUUCCCAACAUUUUGGAGACUAGUCUAUAUAACAUUGAGGUAUAUAGACUAGACAAAUACUCAGUAGACCAUUUCAAGAACAGUGAAGAUUGUUCGAAACACAAUGGAUAUUACUAAAAAUACAGUGGAAACAACAUCUAAUGCAUUAGAGAUCCUCGAAAGACUGUGCAGGUUAGUCAAAAAGUUAUGAAAUGUUCAUAUACUGCACAUAUAACCUUGUUUGUCGUGGAGUUCCUUUCAAAUCUAGUGGAGAUCAUGAAAUUGGAAACAACAACAAUAUUUUCGACAAGGCUACUCGGCUUGUCUUUUGGAAAGUUCAACUUAUUUAAUAGAGACCAUUUCACUUGCUGUGAAGUAGGCUUAGUCUUUGAAUUCUAAUUUCUAUUUUCGAAGUAAUUUUUCAAGGUUUCAAGGUUUGCAUUGCCUGUACAUAUCCGUGGUCAUCAAAGUUGCCUAAAAUACUUGCGUUUACUAUUGUAACUGUAUUUUUUUGAACUUUCUAGAAUACAGAAGAGAGUAUUUUCGAAUAAAAUGACCAUAUAAUUUUAAAGAUUUUCCAGUUCCCAUUUAAUUAGCAAUAUUUCUGAUUCCUACACUAUACCAAAAGCUAAAAAUUCUUAGUACAACAAAUGUUAUUAGUUUUAAAUCCGUUCCCAACUCCUUUAUUCAAAUUGCGUUGAGUUUUUCUUUAAACCCACAUCCUAUUAGCAAACAUACUUCGUUCAAAACUCCUCGUUAUUGUCAAUGUCAUAAACAACACUGAGUUUGUUCUAUCAUUAGAGCAAACCAACACUUACUUAUUGAUUAAUAGAUAAGUAUGUACUUAAAAUAGUAACUCUUUUUAGUAAAAAAAAAACAAAAACAUAUGUUUGUAUCAUAGUUUAGUACAUCCUAGUUUACAAGUACUUAUUGUAUUGUAUGUUUUCAUUUUAGUUUUUGUAAGAAAAGUACUCAAAAUAAUUCGUUUUUUUUAAAAAAAAAAGGCAACGAGUUUAACUUUUAAAUGCGCAUAUCAUUUCCGCUUACGCCCCUUGCCUAUUAUGAAGGCUAGCGAUUUUAUAAAAAUCGUUGGUAAACUAAUAAAGCUAUACUUAAUUUGAAAAUAGUUUUUAAAGAAAAGAAGAAAAAAGAAAAAGAAUCACUAAAACAUUUCUUUUUGUAUUUUAUGUAAUUCAUAUAAUUUGUGUAUUUAGCUCACAAUUGUUAAACCAAGAACUAUCUUUUAAACAUUUUUGUUCCAUAAUUUUAAUUUUUAAUGAAACAAUUACAAUAGCCAAUAAUCACAAAAAUAAAAAAUAUUCAAUGCAUUUAGCCAAUUGUUUUUUCCUUUAAGUUUUAUUUAAACAAAAUAUAUAAAAUAAAAGAAAUAACCCUAAAUCCCCUAACUUUAAAGAGAUAACUAAAUUGUAUUAUUGUAAAAAAAAAAGUUAAAAGUGCUACCCAUAAACACUAUAGAGUAAGAAGAACUUAAAAAAAUUAAAAAAAAAUGGUCCCAACCUCUUUAAAAUAGAGUUAGUUUUAAAUUAAACUGCAAAACAAGUAGCUGCAAUAUUCAAUCCUAUGAUUAUUGCAAUGGAAGGCCAUAGGGGACAGUCCUGUAAUGCUGUUACUCGUUAUCCUCCCUUCGUCCUUUGUUUUGCUAGGGUUAGUAUUCACACACACACACAAAAAAGAUACAAACAUCCAAUGAAUAGCUUUACAAAUUUUAGUUUUUUAUUUAAUACAAAAACUUUACUUUUAUUUUUGUUUUCAAUUUUGUUUUGUACUUUCAAGAGAACUUGUAUUCAAAAUAAAGAGAGAAGAAUAACAGAAA